AUGCGGCUGCGCUCUAUUGGGUCUUUGUUUGAGGCUUUCGGUCUUCCUUCAGUUAAAGCUCCACUUGCCCGCACUCUAGCGAGAGGAGCAGGUCAAAAACGACCAAUUCCACAAGAUCUGCCCCUCCGAACCUACUUUACACCUUGUCGCUCUUCCAUGCGCAACACCGAACCGGACCCGAACUUCCCAGAGCGAGUCUGUAAAAGGCGGCGCAUAUCGUCCCGCGAGCGAAAACACUCAUAUGCAACCAUGACCCCCACCAUUCCUACUAUUGAGCUCACUCCGCUCGAGAGCACCCUACGAACCCUCCUCCUUGAUGUAGCCCGAUACAUCAGUGAACAAAAGGCCGUAACAGAAGGAAACGAUGAAACAAAUCGUUCGGAUACCGUUUUGCGAUUCACAGGAGGUUGGGUGAGGGACAAGCUACUUGGAGUUGAAAGCCAUGACAUCGACGUAGGCAUCAGCAAUAUGACCGGAUACCAGUUCGGAAUGGCUCUGAAAGAAUACCUGGAUGUGCCAGAACGUCUUGAAAAAUACAAGCAAAGUCUUCCAAAGGGCGAAAUGCACGAUGCUAUCGUUAGCCUUCACAAAAUUGAGGCCAAUCCGGAGAAGUCAAAGCACCUUGAGACUGUUACAACCAAAAUCUUCGGCCUAGAUAUUGACUUAGUCAAUCUGAGGAAGGAAACAUACUCAGAUGAUAGCCGAAAUCCCCAAAUGGAGUUUGGCACUGCGGUCGAAGACGCUUUGAGGCGCGAUGCGACUAUCAAUGCGCUUUUCUACAAUCUUAAUGAAUCGCGAUUGGAGGACCUUACUGAAAGAGGACUGGACGAUAUGGCACAGCAGAUCAUUCGAUGCCCAAUGGAGCCCUACCAGACCUUCAAAGACGAUCCUCUGCGCGUACUUCGGUUGAUCCGAUUCGCCAGCAGGCUGGGAUAUCAGAUUGACCAAGAAACAGAGGCAGCUAUGCAGAUCGAAGACAUUGGCGAGGCACUCAAACUUAAGAUCAGCAAGGAACGUGUGGGAACCGAGCUAGAAAAGAUGCUGCGUGGUAAGAUAUUUGGGCUUAACGAUCACAGCUUGUACACAAUUAACACGUCACUUGCAGGUCCUGACCCUCGUGGUGCAUUAGAAUUCAUUGAUCGACUGAAGUUGUUUCCCACGAUUUUUGCCAAUCACCAGGAUGAUGUUAAGGCUGAUACAUCGACAUGGCCUCUUGCCUACAAUACACUGGCACGGUUGCUCCGGCCAGAACCUAUCGACAACCAGGAAUUUCAGGCCUCUACGAAGCGAGUUCGCGAUAUUUUAUUUCGUGACAAAUCUACCUUAUAUCAUGCCUGGAUGGUUGCGACAUUUGCUCCUUGGUGCUUCAUCCCCGCCCGUUGCGUGAAAGGUCCUAAAGGGAAGCCCUUGCCCCCACGCGUGGUUGAAGUCGCUAGAGACAGUCUCCGCACGGACAACAAGACUCUCAAUGGGCUACGUGCUGCAGCUCAGCACUACGAAGAAAUCAUCAAAACCAAAACCGCGUUCCUGGCCAAGGAACUCAGUGGAACACCUGCAGAGAUUCGACAGCGAAUUGGGCUGCAAAUUCGGGCGUGGAAUAAGGACUGGAAACUGUGCAUUCUUCUGGCUAUUCUGCAUGAAGUCAUGGGGCUCCGUGACUUUUCAAAAGGUAAGAUCCAUCCCGUCCUGCAUUCUGAUCCUUUGUCCUCACACUGUGUAGUGGCCCAGGAAUACGACCAAUUCCUUGCGUACAUUGUAGAAAAUGACCUGGAGGAUGUUUGUGACCUCCGGCCAGUUGUAAAUGGUGAUGAAAUUAUGGAAAGCCUUGGGAUCAAAAAAGGACCAUGGAUGGCAAAGGCAGUUAACAUGAGCCUUGAAUGGCAGCUUCUUCAUCCCGAGAUCACCGACAAGGAAAGGGCGUUGGAAGAAAUCGUUGGCCGACGAGCAGAAUUGGGGUUGUGA